AUGUCUACAAGUAUGGCAAAUACUCAUGAACAUAACCUAUCUCAGAUUAAUAAUACUAUAAACAUUUAUGAAUCUUGCGAUAUAUUAUCUAAAGAUGAUGAUAGAAUACCUGUUUUUUUAACUAAAUUAUGGAGUAUUGUUAAUGAUCCUGAUUUAAAUCAUAUUGUAGAAUGGGAUGAGAGUGGUUUAAGCUUUCAUAUUCAAGAUUCAAUGGCAUUCUCUAGGGAUAUUUUGCCACAAUAUUUUAAACAUAAUAAUCUUAAUAGUUGUAUACGUCAGUUAAAUAUGUAUGGUUUUAGAAAAAUUACUGCAGUUGAUAAAAAAAAUAUAACAGAAAAUCAAAAUCUCACCAAUCAUCUUGAAUUUUUUCAUAAUUAUUUUGUCAGAGAUAGGUAUGAUUUAUUACUUAAAAUUAAAAGAAGAACAUCAACAUCUAAGUCAAGUCAUCAACAACCUAUGGCGACAGCUAUUGAAAACAUGUCCAACAAUAUCAAUAAUAAUAAUAAUAAUAAUAGAAGAUCAGAUGAAGUCAGUAGAACAACAUUAAUGGAAGAAAUAAAACAAAUUGGAAAAAAACAAAUAGAAACAGAGAAACAUAUUGUAACUUUAAAACAGCAAAAUGAAACAAUAUGGAAAGAAAUUGAUAAUUUAAGUGCUAAAUGUAAAAUGCAACAAGGAAUAAUAAAAAAAUUAUGUAGUAUAAUAACAAUACUUGGAAGGGGAAAUCAACAACCAAAAAUAAUUAGACAGAAACGGCUUUUAGCUAUACCAGAAAUAAACAGUCAAAAAAGUGAGAAUAAUUUAUUGAUGUUACCAAAAGAUGAGUAUAUAAAAUAUGAAAGUCAUGAUGAGGUGAAAUAUUACAAAAAUUUUGAAGAAAAUCAAAAUAAGGUAGUUUCUAUAAAUGAUAACCAAAUGUUUUUUAGUAAAAAAUUAUUGUCACCUGAAUUAAUAGAUAAUAUCAAUUCAAUAGAAAAUUCAUACUGUUCAAUGGAUGUGAAACCAUAUAAUUCAUCCAUAAAAAAUUCCAAUGAAAUUAAUGAUCACCUAAAUUUACCAAAAAUAAAAGUUUCUCGAAGAUCUAAUAAUAGAAUUACCUUUAAUACAAAUCAAAAAAUGUCCGUUAAAAAUAAUUGUAUAAAUAAAGCAAAAAAAGUUGUUAUGUUAAAUGAUUAUUCAUUACUUAGCAAACAGACAUUAAGUAUUGGAAAUAGUUUUUGUGAAAAUUCACCACCAACCACCAAUAAUUUUAUGGUUGAUAAUGACUAUGAAUACUUAGAUAUAGAUAAUGAUUUUAUUUCCAGUGAGAAUAAUAUUGAAUUGAAGGAUGAUUUAAAUGAUCAUAUGUCUGAAGAUUAUUUGUAUUAA